AUGCGUGCUCUCCAUGUUGAGACGGGGCCCUCCGGCUGCGCUCGACUGCCGUCGGCCCGUCCGGGGGAUGUGCUGCCACACGGUCCCUCGCCAAAGUCCACGUCCCCGUUGUCAACCCGCCGCACGCCGAGCGAAAACUCUCGUCCUGCGCUCAUCAAUACGGAUUCUGCGCAAGACGCCGCUGCAACUCCGCCCAAUCUCAACAUGGCGACUCCUGCUGCGCUGCCCCCGCUCCCCUUUAAUCCGGGCCGAGUGCGCUCAUAUGUCCUGCGCCUGCCGCUUUUUACGCGACUCGUCCUUCUGGUGAUACUGGCCUUCUGGUUGCUGGAGCUGCAGAAGAUCUGGAAUGUGGUCACAUGGGGCGCUCUGAUCCCGAAUGAAAUCAACUUGGGUACAAUGUACCGACUCAACACAUAUCCCAUCAUUCAUAACGGCUUUUUCCACGCAUUCUUGAAUGCGUUGGCCUUGACACCUCUCCUGGAGCGAUUCGAGGCGGAGCAUGGCACUCUCACCUCGAUUGCGCUAUUUGUUGGACCUCUCUCAACCUUCCCCGGCGGGUUGUAUAUUCUCAUCGAGAGAGGCCUGUUGCAUCGGAAUACCUCGGUCGUUGGCUCAAGUGUCUGGGUCUUCCUCCUCCUGGGCUCCGAGGCCAUCCGGACAUACAAGUCCAAUCCGCAUUUCAGCUUGGGUCCUUAUAAAAUCCCCACCUGGACGUCGCCUCUCUUUGCCUGCGCCGUGCUCUCGGUCCUAGUGUCGAACGUCAGCUUCCUUGGCCAUCUUUGUGCCAUCCUUGUUGGAUAUCUAUUCGGUCUCGGUUACCUCAAGGUCUUUGUACCCCCCGAGAAGGUCCUCCGGUGGAUUGAGGGCAAGCUGAAUCUUCUCGGAAGACUUCCGCAUUAUGUGUCUGUCGACCAAAAGACGUAUGGUCGCUACGGCGUUUUACCUUCCAGCAGCGCUGCGGGUGCAGGUGGUAAUCAGGUACCCAUGAGCUUCUUGGGGUCUAAUCAGCGUCUCGGUGCAUAA